GGGAGAAAUUUCCACCAAAAAAAAAUAAUAUAUAUAUAUAUAUAUAUCCCAACGUCCGUCCACAUAAUGUCCGAACCCGACCGAUUAGAAAAUCACAGAAUAAAAAACUUCAAAAACAAGGGCCGCGAUGUGGAGACUAUGAGGAAACAGAGAAAUGAAAUUACAAUUGAAUUGCGAAAGAAUAAGAGAGAUGAACAUUUGCUAAAGAAAAGAAAUGUGCCACAAGAGGAAGGAUUUGAUGACUCUGAUAUUGAUGGCGAUUACAGAGUGCAAUCGAUCACACUGUCGGGGAUUGUUCAGGGUGCUUCCAGUGACAAUCCAAUGAUACAGCUCAGUGCAGUUCAAGCUGCCAGAAAGUUGCUGUCAAGUGACAGAAAUCCCCCCAUUGAUGACUUGAUCAAUUCGGGAAUCUUGCCAAUCCUUGUUCAAUGCCUUGAAAGAGAUGAAAGUCCUUCCAUCCAGUUUGAAGCAGCAUGGGCAUUGACGAAUAUAGCAUCAGGAACAUCUGCACAAACACAAGCUGUCGUCAAAGCUAAUGCUGUGCCUUAUUUCCUAAGGUUGUUGCACUCACCGCAUCAAAAUGUCUGUGAACAAGCAGUUUGGGCCCUUGGAAACAUAAUAGGUGAUGGUCCCCAGUGUAGAGACUAUGUCAUUAGUCUAGGAGUCAUAAAACCUCUCCUCUCCUUUAUUAAUCCUUCUAUUCCAAUCAGCUUUUUAAGGAAUGUCACAUGGGUAAUUGUCAAUCUCUGCCGAAAUAAAGAUCCUCCUCCACCAGCAGAAACUAUUCAAGAGCUGUUGCCAGCUUUGGGUGUACUAAUACAACACAAUGAUACAAAUAUUCUAGUUGAUACAGUCUGGGCACUGUCGUAUUUGACCGAUGGAGGUAAUGAACAAAUACAGAUGGUGAUAGAUUCUGGUGUAGUACCUCAUCUAAUUCCUCUUCUGAGUUGCCAAGAGGUCAAAGUUCAGACGGCUGCACUGAGAGCUGUGGGUAAUAUAGUAACUGGUACUGAUGAACAAACACAAAUUAUAUUAAACUGUGAUGUGCUCUCCCACUUUCCAAAUCUACUAACCCACCCAAAGGAAAAGAUAAACAAGGAGGCAGUGUGGUUCCUUUCAAAUGUCACAGCUGGAAACCAGCAGCAGGUACAAUCUGUAAUAGAUGCUGGUCUCAUUCCAAUGAUUGUCCAUCAUCUCACCAAAGGAGAUUUUGGGACGCAGAAGGAAGCUGCUUGGGCUAUCAGUAACUUGACUAUCAGUGGGAAAAAAGAACAGGUUGAAUAUCUUGUACAGCAGAAUGUUAUCCCUCCUUUCUGUAAACUGCUUGGUGUGAAGGAUCCUCAGGUCAUUCAAGUUGUUCUUGAUGGCCUCAAUAACAUUUUAAAAGUGGCUGGCUCUGACACAAAUACAUUAGUUGAAAUGAUAGAGGAAUGUGGAGGUCUUGAAAAAAUUGAAGCCCUACAACAACAUGAAAAUGAGGAUAUCUACAAAUUAGCAUAUGAGAUUAUAGACCAUUAUUUUUGCGGAGAUGAGAUUGAUGAAGAUCCCAGUCUUAUUCCUGAAACCACGCCAAGUGGAACUUUCAACUUUGAUCCAACUGCAGACCUUCAGACAAAGGAGUUUAACUUUUAAAUAUAAGUCUUAUGCACAUUCACUUUGAAGGUAUAACAAAGCAGAGGGUUAUUGGUCGCCUUGUAUAAAUCAAAUUAAUGUUUUUGUAAAAAUGUAAAGAAGACGUAGAAUACUGACUUACAAAAAAAUGAGUGCCAAUGUGUGCACGCCAGAUUGAUCUUCCAGUUGGAAAGAAAAAAAGCUGCUUUAUAUCACAGGUUACCAACAGAAGAUUUGCUGUCCUUUGCUGUGUUUUUUUUCUUCAUUAACUGCUGUGGUGCAAUUACUGUGGCAUAUCCAAAACCUUAUGCUGAAAAUUUUCCGGCUGCCAUUUUUUUCAAAGUGAAGCUAUACCUUGAUGUUUUUUUUGAAGAUGAAACAGGGGUAUUGCUAGUGCAGAAAAUUUACAGUCCCAUCAUUUUUCUUUUCUUGUAAAUUUAUUGUAGUGAAAGCCAUAGUACAUACUAUGUAGCUCCUGUGUCUUAACCUAUGUCUCUAUUACUGAGACUGGCAAAACUACCUUGAGAAAAAGCCUAAUACCAUGUUGGUUUUGUGACUGUAUAUAGUCAUAGGAGGCUGGAAUUAUUUGUUUUCUGAGGAGUUGGUCCAGAUUAAUCCACAGUAUCACACUACUCUUAGCAUUUUCUGUGACCACUAUGCUAAUAAUUUUAACAUCUUUGGAAGUUCUUCAUGAACAUAACUGUGCACAAUUUAUUCCACUUUAUCUUAAAGUUGCUGAAACAAGUGUUUUCGGUGACCAUGCACCUCUGAGGAUUCAGAGUUACUUUAGAUGGUCAACAAAACUACAGUAAGAAUUUGAAGUUAUGAUUUUUGGAAAUUGUUUUGAAGAUAGCAAAAAUAAUAUAAAUGAAAUGUGAGCUGCAUUAAUAUUCAGACAUGAAACUACCAUUUCCUAGAAAUUCAGUAUGUUCAAACUACUGCUAAUAAGACUCCCUUCAUAACACAUUUUGCCACUGACUGAAAUGCACUAUGGUAUUUAUAAGUAACUUUUCUGCUGGUGUACAUUUUAGCAAUAUGUUUAGACAGGUGCAAACAGCACCACUGAAAACUGUCCACAGCCAUUUUGAGCUUAGAUGUGUUGCUGCAUGAAAUUGAUGGCAUAUAUAAAGAACUACCCACAUACAGUAUAACAUUUUUUAUAUGAGAUGCCUAAAUUCACUUUUAAUAAUUAAAGGUUGUCAUCAACAUUUAUCUGCAAAAAUGGGGGGUUAGCUGCUGCCACAUAGUUAUGGUUUGAAAAGUCAGAUUAAUGUGGUUGGAUUUUUGUAUUUCCACGCAAUAUAAAAGGAAGCAGUUUAAAAUUCAGUUAAUGUUUUGCUUGGCAAUAUGAAACUAAAUUAAGUUUUUCAGCAAAAAAGUAAAUUAAACGUAUCACUGCAGUUUGCCACUUUUAUUUUAGCCACUUUAAAGAGUUCAGAGUGUUUUACCUUUGAGCAGUAAUUUUUUUGUCAAUAUUUUGUUGAGAUUUUCACACUUACACAAGCAUAAAAGGAGAUAUACAUGAGCCACAUUUACACCACAGCUGUAAAUUUAAGUUUAGUGUUUAACUUGCGGUAUCCUAGUGUUCAGUUAGAAGAUAGAGAUGUCAACCCAUAUUUUCAAAGUAAUGUGCCCAGCUCUGUUAAUUCAAACUUUUCCAGUAAAAAUCAACAUUAGGAUUUCAUGCCACAGGUUUCUGUUCUUCGCCCCUGGUUUCUUGGUCUGAUAUUGGCAAGAACCCACGGUCAAAGAGUGAGGAUCAGCAACGUGAGUACACAAACCGCACAUUCCUGAAAUUGCUCUCCACUCCUAAGCGUGAAUAUUUUAAACGUGAUUGGUGCUAGGAUGAUAACUUUUAAUAGGUGGGUGUCUUUAGCUCUUAUUUAGAUGUCAGAUUUCUUCAGUUGUUGGACAUUGCUUAUUUGAUUCAAAGCUGACUUGUAAGAAAUAGGCAAGUGUAAACUGUGCAGUCAGUUGAUCUUAGCUUGGAGUUUAAAACUCCCACUUCCUGAUGCCAAUAUAAAGUUGAGUGCAAAUCACAGCAGCUUGGACAGGAAUGGAAACGACCGGUAUUGUGUAGUGGUAUGAGAUUCAAAAUGAACAUACUAUGAUGCAGCUUUAAACCUGCAUAAAAAAGAAUUCAAAUAAAUUUCAUGUCUUGAAGUCUCAUUAGCAUGUGUGUUAAAUUGCUGAGGAACUUUCAACUGCUGUAUGUUUUUGAAAUUGUAUGGACUAAAUCACGCUGGUGUAAGUGUCUCAGUUGAAUCCCUAGUCACAUUUGUUUCUCAGUUAUUUCCCUCCCCAUCAAAAAAACAACUAUAGCUGCAGGAGAGAUAGGUUUAAAUCUUGCAAGACUAUAUUCAGUUCAGAUCACUGUGAUCUAAGCUAAAUCAGGUAGCAAAUUUACCUUCUUUGAAAUAUGGCUCAACAUCCACCUAGACUGAUGGGAUGAAAGGCUUCUCUGUCUUUUGACUAUGUGAAAUAAAUUUGAGCAAUCUCAACCCAAUUCCUAACGGGCAUGACCAUGCAGCACAAAAUUGCUCCCAAUUCAACAAUAAAUUGGCAUUAUCUGGUAUGCAAAAUGGCACACUAGUAAGUGAUUUGCGGUUGGGGCUGAAAAGGAGCAUUUCUAUGCAUCUAAUUGUGCUGUAUCUGAUCUGAGAUGCUUGAUGCUGACUCUUGGUAUGCAGUGCUAGCAUUCCUCAUUUUGAUCAGCACAGAAUUCACUGGGGAAGAGGGGAACAAAAUGCAGGGUACAAUCUAAACAACGGAUCAUAAGAUGGUAUCAAUAUGGGUUUUAUAAAAAGUAUUUUUAGUUUUCUCCUAAAGUUGGCUCCUUAGAUUUUAGGUUUGCAAAAAGCUGGAUACCAUGUUAUCUGUUCCAAAAAUCCACUUUCUUACAUUUUCAUUAGAAUCAAGUUGCAGAUCAUUGAAAAUAAAAUUGUUGAAACUUGUU